AUGCUGCUGCCGCAGUGGUCUCGUCAGGAGUGGCCGCUUACUCACGGAGGAGGCACGUUGAACACUGAGGUGCUUUUGGGCCGGUUGUUGAUGUGGGAUGAGUUGAACCAAGGCACGGAGAGCAGGCGAGUGUUCUACAGACUGUUCCAUCCGCCUUGGCGCAACCGACUGGCUCUACUAGAUCCUGAGUACGACCCGCUUGGGUUCCGCUGGCCUACCGCGGAAGAUGAGGACCACCCAGUCGCUGCUGGGACGGGCGCCAUCCUGGACCGGAUCCAGAGCCCGACUGAACCGCCAACGGGAGGUUACGGACCCGUGGCUCGCGCUUUGGUACUGACUUACGCGCACGAGUGGAGCUACCUGGCGCGGAUCCGACCCCGCUGGUUACGGUUCAUCCAACGAGACCCCUGGCUCAACGACAGCCGUUUCAAACGCAGAAUGAGCCGGAAGGGUAUCCCGCACACGCUCCGGCCGUACUGCUGGUCAGUGGCGCUGGGGAGCCUUAUGGUCUACUCGCGAAAUGUGGGUUGCUACUCCAGAUUGUUGCAGUCUAAGCUUGAUGAGUCAAUCGCAGUCCAAAUAAACUUGGACGUGCCGAGAACAUACCCUUCCCACGUCUGGUUUAAGGACCCUACAGGUGGUCAGGAUUCGUUACGUAGAUUGUUAUAUGCUUUUGCUGUGUACAAUCCUGCGGUGAAUUACUGUCAAUCUCUGAACUUUUUGGCUGGAGUAUUGUUAUUGAUCUUUCCCGAAGAGCUGGCAUUCUGGUCAUUAGUACAGUUGGUUGAUACUCGGUUAUAUAGUCGUGGCUUUAGUUUGAGCGAUUACUACUCACCUGAUAUGCGGGGUUUACGACAAGAUAUGUUUGUGUUUGGGGAAUUAGUACGAUUAAAGUUGCCUGAUAUCUACGAGCUAUUCGACGACUGGAAUAUAGAAUUAUUGUGCUCACAUUGGCUUCUUUGCCUUUACUCGAAUCGAAUCCCUAUGCCGUUGUCUCUACGGAUUUGGGACAGUCUGAUAUUGGAAGGUGACAAGAUCUUAUUUAGAGUAGGCUUAGCCAUACUUAGAUGUCUUGCUGAAAAGUUCAAACAAAGCCAAAAUGAAAAUCAGGACGGUGUCAUCACUGUGCUAAGAGGUGAUCUUAAUGCACUCGCUGAAUUCCCCAUCGAAUAUAUUAUGCGAAUCGCAUUCAAAGAGCGACUCAAAAGAACAGAGAUUAAACAACUUAGAUUACAGUGGAAAUUUUUAGAUAUUGUCCCUUUGGCUGAAUUCCAACAGUUGGAAGAUGAUAAGGAAGCCGUGGCACAGCUCAAGUUGUCUUUAUUGGAGCAGUUGUCUACUGAUGAAGGCGUCAUUUCUGCCCUACAGAUGCAGGUUGCGUCUCUAAAGAAACAAAUUACCCAGCAAGAGGAACGGGACGAAGCGAAUCAGCGGGAACGACAAGAGUCGGAAGAGUGCUUAGACAAGAAGAAAGACGCACUGAAACUACUGGAGCAGUCUCUUCGAGAGCGCGAGACACAGUAUGAAAGUCGCCUGGAGAAGGCUUAUGCCGAGCGCGAACUAAUUUUGGCCAGCAGAGAACAGGAAAUGGCCGAACAGGAACAGAGGUUAACUGAGGAGCGAAAGGCGUUGGUUGACCAAAAAACGGCGAUGGACACUCAGAACACGGAAAUGCUUAAGAAGACUCGUCAAGUGGUUUUGGAAGAGUUAAAGCAUCGUCAUGAGGAACUCGACGUCGCAACUCGAGAGCUGGAAGCCGCCAGUCAGGAGCUGGAGAAAAAGGAGGGCCAGCAAACUGAUCGAGAGGAGGAACUAAACCGUCUGAAGGUUAGCUUCGAAUCAAAACAGAGCUGUGCCGAGGCCGAGAUGCAACGACGAGCGGAAGAGCUGCGCCAAUUCAAGGCGGAACUGGCGAUUGAGGACGCGCGAUUGAAAGCUGAGGACGCGCGAUUGAAAGCCGAUGGCUCCCGGAUGGAGAAGACGCACGCCGUCCAGGUCCAGGCGUUACAAGAGCAGAUGGCGGAAUAUGCGCGAAAGGUGAUGCUGGUAAGUAGUAAGGAGGCAGAGGUGGAUCGGCGAUUCGCAGUGUUGGGCAUAAAGGAGAGUGCGAUCGCUAAGAGUGACUUUGGGCUCCAAGAACGGGAGAAGGCGGUUGCAAUUAAAGAGGCCUGGGUGGAGGGGGAAGCGGGGCGUCUGGAGAGUAGGGCGGUGGAGUUGGGAGAGGCGGAACGCCGAGUGCUGAUGGGCGAGCGAUCGGUGGAGAUGAGAACGGAGGUGCUCAACGAUCGCGAAAUAAUGCUAGGAGAUAGCGAGCGAGUGCUUGGAGACCGGACCCGGGCGCUGGAUAGCCGGGGCCGAGAACUGGACGGACGGCAGGCGUAUUUGGAGCAUGAGCGCGCGCGGCUACAAUCUCAAGUCCAUAGGCUGGAGGGCCGUAUGGCUGAAGCCGGAGUCGCUCUGGAAAACAAGAGCGCCACCAUCGCCGGACUCACGGAGCAGUUGCGCGCACUGGAGUCCAAGGCGAACACGGACGAGGCGCUGAAACGACUCGCCGAGCGCGAACGCGUCUUUGAAAACAGCGAACGAGUCCUUACUGCGCGAGUCGCACGUCUGCGCGAGUCGCUAAAACAGACUGAGGCCGAGGUGGCCAGACUCAAAGAGCAACUCAAAGAGCAAGUCCGCACACGGCCCACGGCGUCUACGGGCAGUCCCACAAGCAGGUAUAGUCCCGGGAUCAAGGGCACCCCCGCAAGCUCGCCCCCUGCACCUCCGGGACUGGUCCCCGGAGGCUCGCCCUCCAUCGCGCACAACGACGCCGACAGCGAAUUGAAACGACUCGUACGUGCAUACCUCACGGUCCACAAACACGGAAAAAACCCAAACGAACAGGCGCUGCUGCCCGUGCUCUGUGCGCUGAGUGAGUUGGGGGUUGAGGAAACCAAAAAUGUUUUGACGGGCAUCGUGCCGCUGCCGCGCUUCCGAAAAUAA